CUGUGUGCUACAGGUAAAGUGCUCAGAAUUCUGCUAAACUGGUUCUCUGAAUUCCACUGGCUCAGAUGCAGGUCUUGGCAGCGUUGUGCUUCCUUGUCUUGGCACACCUGCCCCCCCUGAGGGGGGAGGUAGUGGGAAGCUUCCAGGACAUCCCGGAGUGCCUGGACUUCUUCUACGAGGGCAAGGUGCCAGAGUGGGGUGCGGCCACGCCUGGCGCCGCCCGUUUGUGUCAGCGAUUCAAGAACAGCUACCACUUUGCCACGCUGUACGACACGCUCCACCGCAUCGCCGUCUACUCCGCCUACCGCUUUCAGACCAGCGACGGCGGCGGUCGCGAGAAGCGCUGGUUUGUGGAGCCACAGCUCGUGGACCUCAGUUUGGGUGCGGAGAUGCGGGACGGGUACUGGCUCGGGCAGGACAAUCCGGGGGUGUACCUGGGUGAGAGGCAGGCUCUCAACGAGGACUACACACACUCCGGCUUUGACCGCGGACACCUCAACCCAAACGGACACCACCCAGUGCCCAGCCGCAACGCCACCUUUACCCUUACCAAUGUGGUGCCCCAGAACCCCAAGCUGAACCAGAAUGCCUGGCGCAUGUACGAGUCCCAGCUGACUGACCUCUUCAACGUCCAGUGCUCGCAGGCCUACGUGCUGGUGGGCGCCAUCCCUUCCGCUGACAACUGGAUCGUCAAGAACAACGUCAAGCGGGUCAACAUCCCCGACUACAUCUGGAACGCCUACUGCUGCCUGGACAACAACGGCCAGCCCACCCACAGCGGGGGGGCCACAGCUCGCAACACUGAGCAGAACCACGUUGACAGGCGCACUCUCUCAGAGCUGGAAGAGUUCUUGAGUCAGUACCAAUCACCAGUGGGGGAGCUCUUUCUCAACAACUGUGGGGCUUAG